AAGGGGGAUUGGCAGCUUUGAAGCCGAGCGGGGCUGGCGAUUCCCGGGAAAGCCAAAGCGACCUUCCCUUUUCUCCGGUUAGGAUUUGAUUGCCGUGAAGGGAAUCCCUAGCUUUAGAGAUUGAGCCAUGGAGAAAGUGUUGUGCUCUGCUCACGGGUUUCCCUGUUUUUUGAAGACUGGAAACCGAGAUGGCCCAAAUAAAGGCAAAAGCUUUUAUAUGUGUGGAGUCCAAAAUCAGGAGCCAUGUGGCUUUGUGCUCCCCACUGAUCUUUCUCCUUCUCAUUGCUUGGUGCAUGAGGACUAUAUAGUGGAGCUGCAAGUUUUGAUUAGGCAAACAAAAACAGACCUCUACAGAUUGUUUUAUCGAUGCAGUAAAGGUAAAACUGAAGGGAAGAAAAUGUGUGGACAUGUCCCCUGGCAGGAUUCAAAUACCAGUGAACUGCCAGCUAAUCCACAGUCUCAGCUUCCUUCGGAAUUGCUGCAUGAUCAUACAAAUGAAAGAAAUCCAUUUAAAGUUUCCAGUGGGAAUCACAAGCAAUUUUCUUACAAACAAAUUAAUGAAGAUGGAGAUAGAAAUUCAGGAGAAAAAGAAAAUCAGAAAAGAGAUGUGCAGACAUCUGAUGGAGAACAACUGCCCAAUUUAAAGACUUUGUCUAUCAAGAAAAAAUUUUCAUCAGCCAUGCACAUAAAAAAAGUUUUUGAAGGCAAACAUGAAUCUUUAUCCAGAGAAGAAACAAAAACUCAAAUAAAAUCAAGUGAGCCUCAGACUGAAAGCAAAAAAAUGUUAGACAGACAAAAAAGUAAUUCUAGCAAAAGAUUUGAGAUUUCUUCUAACCACAUGCAAGAGGAUUCAUCUUUGAGAUUUGCUGGACAUGAUUUGCAGAAAAAUGAAAAUCCAAAACUAUCAUUGUCAAGCUUCAGUUGCAACACAUCAAGCAUAAAACCUAUUAAUGGAGAAAAACUUGGAAAAGAUGAAUCAGAAACCUGUACAAGCAAAAUAGUUACAAUGAAAAAAAGUAACAACUGGAAAACAGAAGGAAAAACACAGAUACCCAAAGAGUUUGUGACUCUUCAAGAACCAAGAAGCUUCUCAGUAGAACAUGCUAGAGACAGUAUAGCAAAAACACCAAUACUAUUUCAGACAGGGAAAACUCCAGAAGAGCAAAAGUAUACAGAGAAACAUUUGGACAGUGAUAAACAAGAAACACUUGUGUCAUUCAAUGGGCAGGCAACUGAUUCCCAGCAAGGAAAGGAUUGCAUUCAGAAAAAAUCGCCUUCCGUAUUGUCUGAAGUAGCUUCUUUGCAGAUGGCUAACAGCAUGGAUAACAAAACUCUUCACAGCCAACUUUCAGCUCAGCUGAAUCAGAAGCAGAGGACUUUGAAAACAGUGAAUGUGCAAGCUCUCCCAGAUAAAGGUAAACGAUUAUUAAAGCAAGUGCAGGAACUAGAAGCUGCCCUUAGCUCUUUGAAUCUGGAAGCAGAAGAAUGUACAAAGGAAGACAAUUUGUGCAGUACAGCAGAUGUGAGGCAUAAGAAGAUACAGCCUGAUCUGUUCACCAAAGUCAACCUAAUGGAGCCAGGUGCUGUCACGGGGAAAGAGCCACAGAUUUUCAAGAAGAAUCCUGUGCCUAGUUCUGUUCUUCUUCCUUGGGGACCCGAUGAUUUCAAAAGGAAGAUGCUUUAUGGAGGCCCAAUGACUAAUGAUAAACUUCUGGCAGUACAAAAUGCUACAAGUGAUGCAAUUAAUCAGCUCCACAAAUCUCUUGAAAGUUGUCCCACAGAGACAUCUAUCAGUGAAGAUCCCCAUGGAUUGAAAAUCUCUCUAUUGCUGCAUCAAAAGCAAGCCCUUAGUUGGCUUUUGUGGAGGGAGAAUCAGAAGCCAUGUGGAGGAAUUCUGGCGGAUGAUAUGGGCUUAGGGAAGACUUUAACAAUGAUUGCCCUCAUCCUGGCCCAAAAGUGCACAGAAAAAGAAAAAGAGAAGAAAUUAGAGCUUUGUAUGUCCAAACAAGGUUCUAUUGAUACCUGUUCACACGGUACCUUGAUUGUCUGUCCUGCAUCUCUGAUUCAUCACUGGAAAAAGGAAGUGGAAAAACAUGUAAAAUAUGGCAAGCUGAAAGUGUGCUUGUACCAUGGACCUAACCGAAUUAAGAAUGCUAGUAUCCUUUCUCAAUAUGAGAUUGUUAUCACUACUUACAGUAUUCUAGCCAAGGAAAUUCCUAUACAAAAAGAAGAAAUAGAUGUUGCUGAAGAUUGUCUACUUCAGGAUAAAUCAUUUCCCUCCUGUCCUCUUGUAUGCAUAUGCUGGGCUCGAAUUAUACUGGAUGAAGCCCACAAUAUCAAAAACCCGAAAGUGCAGGCCUCAAUAGCUGCUUAUAAACUGAGAGCUACUGCCAGAUGGGCUGUAACUGGAACACCCAUUCAGAACAACCUCUUGGAUAUGUACUCUUUGCUUAAGUUUCUUCGUUGUUCUCCUUUUGAUGAGUUUAAGGUGUGGAAGAACCAAGUUGAUAAUAACACAAGAAAAGGAGGAGAGAGAUUGAUGAUUUUAACCAAGAGUCUCUUACUACGAAGAACUAAAGAUCAGCUUGAUUCAUCUGGCAAGCCUUUAAUAUCUCUGCCUCAACGUUGUGUUCAGGUGCACAGAUUGAAACUCUCUGAAGAUGAACAGUCAGUUUAUGAUGUACUUUUCAAACGAUCAAGGUCAACACUGCAGUCUUUUCUCAAACAUCAGGAAACUUCGUAUACAGGCUAUUCUGGAGACAACCCAUUUGAUAUAGGAGCACAGCAGUUUAAAGUGUGUCAGCAGGAUUCCUCAGGAAAGAUGGUGAAAUGCAGCCCUCCCGUCUCCACCACUAUUCACAUCCUGUCCCUCUUGCUGAGGCUUCGUCAGUGCUGCUGCCAUCUUUCUUUGCUGAAAGUGGCUGUUGACCAGGCUAACAUGAAUAGCGAAGGCAUCUCUUUGUCAAUGGAAGAACAACUCAGUGCUUUAACUCUGUCUGAACCUGAUAGCAGUGAUACACUCUCAAUGGUGAAUCUCUUUGGUACAGCUUUUGGUGCUGAUCUUUUUGAAAUGACCAAGCAGAGCACCAAGAUUUCCCAUCUGUUAGAAGAACUGAAGAGAAUUCAAAAUCAUUCUCAAAAAUGUGUUGUUGUAUCUCAGUGGACAAGUAUGCUAAAAACUGUGGCAAUGCAUCUUGACAUGCUUGGCCUGAAACAUGCCACAGUGGAUGGUUCAGUGAACCCGAAACAGAGGAUGGAUAUCGUUGAAGAAUUCAAUAAUAAUCCUAAAGGAACCAAGGUGAUAUUGAUAUCACUUCUGGCUGGAGGUGUUGGCCUUAAUCUGGUUGGAGGAAACCACCUCUUCCUUCUAGAUAUGCACUGGAAUCCAGCGCUAGAAGACCAAGCCUGUGACCGCAUUUACCGGAUGGGGCAGCAGAAGGAUGUUAAGAUCCAUAGGUUUGUCUGUGAAGGAACUGUGGAAGAAAAGAUAUCAGAGCUGCAAACCAAGAAAAAAGAAUUAGCCCAGAAGGUGUUGUCAGGAAAAGGAGAGUCCUUCACCAAGCUCACUCUGGCUGAUCUAAGACUUCUGUUUUGCAUUUAGCUGCUCAUUUUUUAAAAAAUUUCUUCCAACGCACAGAAUAAAUGUGCAUUUAAAAAGUGCACUGUUUUUUAUUAAUAAAAUGU